UCCCCUCACGGUUCCCGCCCUUUCUUCGCCCCCUUUCCCCUCACGGUUCGGAUUUCGGGAACGGGGGAGGAGGAGGAGGGAGGGAGGAAGAGGCGCAGCGGCAGCAGGGAGCAGCCGAAGAGCAGAGAAGGAAUCGCGGGGCCCUGGCGCUGCCUGAAGUCGCCGCAGCCCCGGGAGCAUCGCCCCCCAUCCCGCAGCCCCCACGUGUGGGAUCAUCGCCCCCCAUCCCGCAGGAUUCCCCAUUCCCAGCCCCUGGGAGGCUGCGAGGAAGAGGAAGACCCUCUCCUUGUCCUUCCUCCCCCAGAGCAGGAGCUGAGGAUGGAGAGCAGGGAGGACAAAUCCCCGCGGCAGAACCUGGUGGAAGAGGCCGUUUUGAGCGACUCCACGGCGCAGGAACCCAACGGGGAGGAAAAGCCCUGGAGAUGCCGCACGAGGAGGGGCUGCAAACGCAGAUCACGGGGAUCUGAGGAGGAAAGAACCACCCUGGGCCGGGGAGGUGGCCGGAGAUGGAGCCAGAACUCAGAGCUGGUGGUCCAUGAGCAGCUCCAGGAUGGGGAGAAGAACCACAAGUGCUCAGAAUGUGAGAAAUGCUUCAGGUGGAGCUCUGACCUGAUCAGGCACCAGAGGACCCACACUGGGGAGCGGCCCUACGAGUGUGGGGUGUGUGGGAAGAGCUUCAUGCAGAGAUCCACCCUGAUCGAGCACCAGAGGACCCACACCGGGGAACGGCCCUACGAGUGUGGGGAGUGUGGGAAGAGCUUCAGCCAGAGCUCCCACCUGAACAGGCACCAGAGGACCCACACCGGGGAGAGGCCCUACGAGUGUUCCAAGUGUGGGAAGAGGUUUCAGACCAGCUCCCGUCUCCUCAAGCACUAUCAGGUUCACACGGAGGAGAGGCCCUUCUGCUGCCCCGACUGCGGGAAGGGAUUCAGGCAGAACUCCCAUCUCAUCACCCACCGGCGCAUCCACACCGGGGAGAGGCCCUACGAGUGUCCCCAGUGUGGGAAGAGCUUCAAUUGCCACUCCACCCUGAUCACCCACAAGAGGACCCACACUGGGGAGAGGCCCUACGAGUGUGCGGAGUGUGGGAAGAGCUUCACCGAGAGAUGCCAACUGAUCAUGCACCAGAGGACCCACACUGGGGAGAGGCCCUAUGAGUGUGGGGAGUGUGGGAAGAGCUUCAGUCGGACCUCCAACCUGAUCCAGCACCAGGUGACCCACACUGGGGAGAGGCCCUACGAGUGUUACAAGUGUGGGAAGAGCUUCAGCCACAGAUCCGGCCUGAUCAGGCACCAGAGGACCCACACUGGGGAGAGGCCCUACGAGUGUUCCGAGUGUCGGAAGAGGUUUCAGACCAACUCCAAUCUCCUCAAACACUUUCUGGUUCACACGGAGGAGAGGCCCUUCUGCUGCCCCGACUGCGGGAAGGGAUUCAGGCACAACUCCAACCUCAUCACGCACCGGCGCAUCCACACCGGGGAGAGGCCCUACGAGUGUUCCGAGUGUGGGAAGAGCUUCUCACGGAGCUCUAAUUUGACCCAACACCAACGGAGGCACGAUGGGGAGAAGCCCCACAAGUGCUCAGAAUGUGAGAAGAGCUUCAGCUGGAGCUCCGAGCUGAUCAGGCACCAGAGGAUCCACACCGGGGAGAGGCCCUACGAGUGUGGGGAGUGUGGGAAGAGCUUCAGAUGGAACUGCGACCUGAUCAAUCACCAGAGGACCCACACUGGGGAGAGGCCCUACGAGUGUGGGGAGUGUGGGAAGAGCUUCAGCGAGAGAUCCAGCCUGAUCCAGCACCACAGGAUCCACACCGGGGAGAGGCCCUACGACUGUGGGGAGUGCGGCAAGAGCUUCAGGAGGAGCUCCCACCUGAUCAGGCACCAGAGGGUCCACACUGGGGAGAAGCCCUACGAGUGUGGGGAGUGUGGGAAGAGCUUCAGGCACCGCGGCAACCUCGUCAAGCACCAGGUGAUCCACACUCGGGAGACACCCUACGAGUGUUCUGAGUGCGAGAAACGGUUUAAGACCAGCUCCCGUCUCCUCAAGCACUAUCAGAGUCACACAGAGGAGAGGCCCUUCUGCUGCCCCGACUGCGGGAAGGGAUUCAGGAACAAGGCAAAUCUCCUCAGUCACCAGAGGACCCACACUGGGGAACGGCCCUACGAGUGUGGGGAGUGUGGGAAGAGCUUCAGAUGUAGCUCCCACCUGAUUGUGCACCAGAGGAUCCACACUGGGGAGAGGCCCUACGAGUGUUCCAAGUGUGGGAAGGGGUUUCAGACCAGCUCCCAUCUCCUCACGCACUAUCGGGUUCACACGGAGGAGAGGCCCUUCUGCUGCCCCGACUGCGGGAAGGGAUUCAGGCACAACUCCGCCCUCAUCACCCACCGGCGCAUCCACACCGGGGAGAGGCCCUACAAGUGUCCCAAGUGUGGGAAGAGCUUCUCACAGAGCUCUAACUUGACCCAACACCAACGGAGCCACCGAUAAGGGAAGCCCUGUGAGUGCCCCGAGUUUGAGAAGAGCUAAACUCCAUCCCUCCCUGGAGGACCCCCUUUGGGCACAGCUCUGGUG